AGGUGGGGCUGGGAGUGGGGCCUCCAGGGGGCUGGGUCUGUUUCCCUGGUCCCCUCCUUGUGGGGGGCGGGCGAGGGGCCUUGGCUGCGCCGGCUGAAGGCCCUGCCCCUCUUGCAGCGGGUGGGCUGCGGGGCCUGCCAGGCCUGCCAGAUCCCCGAGGACUGCGGCAUCUGCACCGUGUGCGCCGUGCGGGCCAAGAACCCCGAGCUCCGGAUCGGCAGGAAAUGCCUCCUGCGGCGCUGCCUGAAAAUCGUCAAGAAGGGCUUCGGCUGCGGCGUGUGCCAGGGCUGCCAGGCCACCGAGGACUGCGGCAGCUGCUACAUCUGCUUGCGGAGGCUGAAGCCCGGCCUGAAGCGACAGUGGAAAUGCCUGAAACGCCGCUGCCUCAAGAAGAAGGUAGGGGUGGGGGGGGGGGA